UGAAUUUAUGUCUAGCUGUCUCCCCAAGCAGCUUGACGUCUCUCUGAUCAUCACAGCUGGUCCGUGAUACAGUGAAGCGCACUCACAAAUCCCACAAAAUCCGUUGCUUUUUAGUGAACCCCAAGUAUCCACUGGAAAUCUCAUUCCCCCUUUCUAUAAAAACCCAACAGAGAUCACCACCAUUUUCAUUAGGCAUGUAAAUUUGUAAUAUCCAGAGAUCAAAUUCACAAAAUGGAGAUGGGAAAAGAGAGUGGGAGAGUAACAAAGGAGAGAGAGCUUCAAGAGUAUAUUGUGCACACAGUUUUGUUCACUGCAGGAGCAGCUGUGUUAAUGGCGUGUUUACAACGUGUUAUAUUAACGGUGUUUCUAAUGGAGCAAUGGCGGGCAUGGGUUUUCCUUGUGCUCAACCUCAUCCUCUUAGCCAUUCUCUUCACUCCCAUUUCUUCCACCUCAAAUUUUGAUCAAAACCAACAAUGCAGCAGCAACAACAGCAAUGCAGAAGUGGUCGAGAAUAUUGAACCGAAAAAUAAGAGAAGGGAAUAUUACAGGUGCCCGUCAUCAGAACAAGCAGUUGAAGAUGUUAAAGAAUGUGAUGAAGAAAUAUGUAAGAAGAGAUCGACGAGUGUCGAGAAUGAGGAAGAGGGUUUUGAAGACCAGACAGAGGAGGUUUCCAAGGAGGCCCUGAAUGAGAGAGUGGAAGCUUUCAUUGUGAUGUUCAGGCAGCAUUUGGUGUCGGAUGCAAGAAAUGAAUCAAGGUGGAAACAAGUUCUUUGAGAGGCAGCAAAUUUGUCGAUCAGCAUUCUGAUCUUAAAAUCUUGUAUUUGGUAGUUAGUCUUAAAGAAGUUUUGAGUGUA